CUAGGCGUGAGGAGACAUGUCCGUCGCCUCUGACUCAUUCUCUGAGGAGGAGCGCAGCUUAUUCCGUCCAUUCACACGCGAGUCACUUGCAGUUAUCGAGACAAGAAUUGCAGAAGAAUAUGCCAAACAGAAGGAACUCGAAAAGAAAAGAGCUGAGGGAGAGCCGGGUUUUGGACGCAGGAAAAAGAAAAAAGAAAUUCGGUAUGAGGACGAGGACGAAGAUGAAGGGCCUCAACCCGACCCUACUCUGGAGCAGGGUCUUCCUAUUCCGGUACGUCUCCAGGGCAGUUUUCCUCCAGAACUGGCCAGCACACCACUCGAGGACAUCGACCCUUUUUACCAUAACCAAAUGACUUUUGUAGUUGUAAGUAAAGGCAAGGACAUUUUUCGGUUUAGUGCAAUAAAUGCUCUUUGGAUACUUGACCCUUUCAACCCAAUAAGGCGAGUGGCUAUUUACAUCCUCGUUCAUCCGUUAUUUUCACUUUUCAUCAUUACAACCAUCCUUGUCAACUGUAUCCUUAUGAUAAUGCCUACAACUCCCACCGUAGAAUCAACCGAAGUAAUAUUCACAGGCAUCUACACGUUUGAAUCAGCUGUGAAGGUGAUGGCGAGAGGUUUUAUACUUCAACCGUUCACCUACCUUAGAGAUGCAUGGAACUGGCUCGACUUCGUAGUCAUAGCUUUAGCUUAUGUUACAAUGGGUAUAGAUCUCGGAAAUCUAGCUGCCUUAAGAACGUUUAGGGUACUUCGAGCCCUCAAAACUGUCGCUAUUGUACCAGGUUUAAAGACCAUUGUCGGCGCCGUAAUCGAAUCAGUAAAAAAUCUACGAGAUGUGAUAAUUUUAACAAUGUUUUCCCUCUCCGUAUUCGCACUAAUGGGUUUACAAAUUUACAUGGGUGUCCUCACACAAAAAUGCGUGAAAAACUUUCCUCACGAUGGCUCCUGGGGGAAUCUUUCACACGAGAACUGGGAAAGGUUUAUGGAUAAUGAAACAAAUUGGUAUGUAGAUGAAAGUGGAGACUAUCCUUUGUGUGGUAAUUCUUCAGGAGCUGGUCAGUGCAAACCAGGUUACACAUGUCUUCAAGGGUACGGUGAUAAUCCAAAUUACGGUUAUACAAGUUUUGAUACAUUCGGUUGGGCAUUUCUAUCUGCCUUUAGGUUAAUGACUCAAGAUUACUGGGAAAAUCUUUACCAAUUGGUAUUACGAUCCGCUGGUCCAUGGCACAUGCUAUUUUUUAUUGUGAUUAUAUUUUUGGGAUCAUUUUAUUUAGUUAAUUUAAUAUUAGCUAUUGUAGCGAUGUCUUAUGACGAACUACAAAAGAAAGCAGAAGAGGAAGAGGCAGCUGAAGAAGAAGCCAUCAGGGAAGCCGAGAAAGCCGCGCAAGCAAAACAGGACAGAGCAGAUGCGCGCGCAGCGGCAGCAGAGGAAGCGCGAGAAGCUGCAGCCGCCGCACUAGCUGCCGAAAACUGUCCAGAUAUUGUAAAGUCCCCAUCCGAUUUUUCCUGCCACAGUUACGAGCUCUUCGUGGGACAAGCCAAAGGUCACGAUGACAACAACAAGGAGAAGAUGAGCAUACGAUCGGAAGGACUAGAUUCAGUGAGUGAGCAGCGAAGAAUACCUACUAAUCCCACCAAGAUGCGGAAAGUUAGCGCUGCCAGUCUCAGCUUACCUGGAUCGCCUUUCAAUCCUCGUCGAGGCUCUAGAGGAAGCCACCAGUUCACUAUGCGUAGUAACCGCCGUAUGAUACCACCUCCAGGUGAUCGAAAACCUCUGGUUCUGUCCACUUAUUUAGAUGCUCAAGAACAUUUACCUUACGCCGAUGAUUCCAAUGCAGUAACACCAAUGAGCGAAGAAAACGGAGCCAUGGUUGUUCCUAUUUAUUAUGCCAAUCUGGGUUCACGUCAUUCAUCAUACACUUCGCACGCAUCACGAAUAUCUUACACCUCUCAUGGAGAUCUGUUGUGUGGUUUGGGUGGUACCGCUAAAGUAAUGACAAAAGAAAGCCAACUCAGGAACCGAUCGCUCAGAACUGGUCCUCCGCCAGCAGCUACAGCUACGACCACGCCCAACAACUAUACUGAGUAUAAUCAUAGAGCACACCGAGGAGAUUACGAUGGACCAACAAGCCAGAUGGAAGGGAAAAUAAAGCAUUUAGACAAUCCAUUUAUUGAUAAUAACCAAAGACAAACCGUAGUGGAUAUGAAAGAUGUGAUGGUACUGAACGACAUCAUUGAACAAGCAGCUGGUAGGCAAAGCGGCGCGAGUGAUCAUGGAGUUUCUGUUUAUUAUUUCUCAGCCCAAAAUGAUGAUGAAGAAGAUGAACCAACAGUGAAAGAACGAUUAUUAGCCUUUUCUAUGCGAGUCAUCGAUAUUUUUUGCGUGUGGGAUUGUUGUGGUCCAUGGUUGGUGUUUCAGAAGUUUGUAGCUCUGAUCGUCUUUGAUCCCUUCGUUGAAUUAUUUAUUACUCUCUGCAUCGUAGUCAACACCCUCUUCAUGGCCUUAGAUCAUCACGACAUGGACCGAAAUCUCGAGAAGGCUCUCAAAAGUGGUAACUAUUUUUUCACAGCGACCUUCAUGAUUGAGGCAACAAUGAAGCUAAUUGCGAUGAGCCCAAAAUAUUAUUUUCAAGAAGGGUGGAAUAUUUUUGACUUCAUCAUCGUAGCCUUAUCAUUACUCGAGUUAGGCCUUGAAGGCGUUCAAGGCUUAUCCGUAUUACGAUCGUUUCGAUUGCUAAGAGUGUUCAAACUGGCCAAGUCAUGGCCAACUUUAAAUUUACUUAUCUCAAUAAUGGGUAGAACUAUGGGUGCUUUAGGUAACCUAACAUUUGUGCUGUGCAUUAUAAUAUUUAUAUUUGCUGUUAUGGGUAUGCAGUUAUUUGGAAAAAAUUAUACAGAUAAUGUAGAUAGAUUUCCAGACCAUGAACUUCCUAGAUGGAAUUUUACGGAUUUUAUGCAUUCCUUUAUGAUUGUUUUUCGAGUGUUGUGUGGAGAAUGGAUUGAAUCAAUGUGGGACUGUAUGUUAGUGGGGGAUGUUUCCUGUAUUCCGUUUUUCCUAGCCACUGUUGUCAUUGGUAAUCUUGUGGUGCUGAAUCUUUUCUUAGCUUUGCUUUUGAGCAAUUUUGGUUCAUCAAGUUUAUCAGCCCCAACAGCUGACAAUGACACAAACAAAAUAGCUGAAGCAUUUGUUAGAAUCGGUCGUUUUAGCAGAUGGAUCAAGGCUGGUGUGGCAGAUAUCGCUAAGUUGAUUAGAUUUAAAUUAACAAACCAAAUAUCCGACCAGCCGUCAGAUCCACGUGACGGAGGCCUAGACAUUCCAGGUGACGAAAUACUUGCAGACGGCACGAUAUUUAAAGAUAAGAAAAGUCCAAAAGAUAGGUUAGAAGUAACGAUAGGUGAUGGUAUGGAGUUCACGAUACAUGGUGACUCAAAAACUAAUAUAAAGCGGGCCAAAAACGCUAUUAGUAAAAAGACUUUAGGAAAUUCAAUUUUGGAACAUGGGGAUUUUCUAGGACAUUUAGACGAUGACGAAAUUAGCAACAAAUCGUAUGGUAGUCAUAAACAUAGGUUCAAAGAUGAAAGUCAUAAAGGUAGUGCUGAUGUAUUGGACGACCAGGAAGAAAAGAGAGAUGCUAGUAAAGAAGAAUUAGGAAUAGAUGAAGAAUUAGAAGAUGAAUGCGACUGCCAAGGACCUUUGGAUGAAGAUCUUAUCAUAGAUGCUGCAACAGAAGACAUAAUUAUUGAUGAGUACUCCGCAGACUGUUUCCCAGAAAAGUGUUACAAAAAGUUUCCCUUUCUGGCUGGUGAUGAAGAUUCUCCCUUCUGGCAGGGAUGGGGCAACCUUCGCUACAAAACAUUCCAACUAAUAGAAAACAAGUACUUUGAAACAGCCGUUAUCACCAUGAUCUUGCUCAGUAGUUUGGCUCUAGCUUUGGAGGACGUCCAUCUGUCAGCACGGCCCAUUUUGCAAGAUAUACUGUAUUAUAUGGAUAGGAUAUUUACGGUCAUAUUCUUUUUUGAGAUGUUGAUCAAGUGGUUGGCUAUGGGAUUCCAGAAGUAUUUCACCAACGCAUGGUGCUGGUUAGACUUUCUUAUAGUAAUGGUAUCUCUUAUAAACUUUGUGGCUUCUUUGGCUGGAGCAGGUGGUAUUCAAGCUUUCAAAACCAUGAGAACGUUGAGAGCUCUUAGGCCUCUGCGUGCGAUGUCACGUAUGCAGGGCAUGAGGGUAGUAGUAAAUGCAUUGGUUCAAGCUAUACCAUCCAUCUUCAAUGUACUGCUAGUGUGCUUAAUAUUUUGGUUGAUAUUUGCUAUCAUGGGUGUGCAGUUAUUUGCCGGUAAAUACUAUAAGUGUGUGGAUAGUAAUAAGACAACGUUAAGUUAUGAAAUAAUCCCUGAUGUGAAUGCUUGUAAAGCAGAAAAUUACACUUGGGAUAACUCUCCAAUGAAUUUCGACCACGUCGGCAAAGCAUAUCUAUGUUUAUUCCAAGUAGCUACGUUUAAAGGUUGGAUCCAGAUCAUGAACGAUGCCAUCGAUUCCAGAGAGAUGAACAAGCAGCCUAUCAGAGAAACCAACAUCUACAUGUAUCUCUACUUUGUGUUCUUUAUUAUAUUUGGAUCGUUUUUCACGCUUAACCUGUUCAUUGGUGUGAUCAUUGAUAAUUUCAAUGAACAGAAGAAGAAGGCAGGAGGAUCGUUGGAGAUGUUCAUGACUGAGGAUCAGAAGAAAUACUACAAUGCAAUGAAGAAGAUGGGAUCCAAGAAACCAAUGAAAGCGAUUCCCAGACCGAGGUGGAGACCUCAGGCCAUAGUGUUCGAAAUAGUAACGAAUAAGAAGUUCGACAUGAUCAUCAUGUUGUUUAUAGGUUUAAACAUGUUGACGAUGACAAUGGACCAUUACAAGCAGAAAGAGACUUUUACAAAAGUUCUGGACUACCUAAAUAUGAUUUUCAUAGUUAUAUUUAGUACCGAGUGCCUCAUGAAAGUGUUUGCUUUGCGUUAUCACUAUUUUACGGAACCUUGGAAUCUUUUUGAUUUAGUGGUUGUUAUAUUAUCAAUUUUGGGACUGGUGCUCAGUGAUAUUAUUGAAAAAUACUUUGUGUCACCGACUUUACUAAGGGUCGUUAGAGUUGCUAAAGUCGGUAGAGUCCUUCGGUUGGUGAAGGGAGCAAAAGGAAUUCGCACACUGCUUUUCGCACUUGCCAUGUCACUGCCUGCCCUGUUCAACAUCUGCUUACUACUAUUUUUGGUCAUGUUCAUCUUUGCUAUCUUCGGAAUGUCGUUCUUCAUGCACGUCAAGAACAAAAGCGGACUCGAUGACGUCUAUAACUUCAAAACCUUUGGACAGUCAAUGAUUCUUCUAUUUCAGAUGUCCACUUCGGCCGGUUGGGAUGGCGUCUUAGAUGGAAUCAUAAAUGAGGAAGACUGUAAGCAACCAGACAACGAAAUAGGAGAAACGGGUAAUUGUGGUAAUUCCACGAUAGGUAUAGCUUUCUUAUUAAGCUAUCUCGUUAUAUCAUUCCUCAUAGUCAUAAAUAUGUACAUCGCUGUCAUUUUGGAGAACUAUUCACAAGCUACUGAAGAUGUGCAAGAAGGUCUAACAGACGAUGACUACGAUAUGUACUACGAAAUUUGGCAGCAGUUCGAUCCAGACGGAACACAGUACAUACGAUAUGAUCAACUAUCCGACUUUUUAGAUGUAUUGGAAUCUCCACUACAAAUACAUAAACCGAAUAAAUACAAAAUAGUUUCUAUGGACAUUCCAAUCUGCAAGGGUGAUCUCAUGUUUUGUGUAGAUAUCUUAGAUGCUCUUACUAAAGACUUUUUUGCUCGAAAAGGAAACGCUAUCGAGGAAACUGCUGAAUUGGCCGAAGUGCAAGGUCGACCAAACGAGGUAGGCUACGAACCAGUUAGUUCGACCCUUUGGCGACAAAGGGAAGAAUAUUGUGCUAGAUUAAUUCAAAACGCGUGGAGAAAGCACAAAAGGAAUCGUGGUGGUGCUACCGACCAGUCCGGUGACGAAGGUGAUAUCGAUGGUGAAGGGGAGCUUGAGGCUCGACAAACAGCAGUCUUGGUGGAAAGAAACGGGCACAAAGUAGUGAUACACAGCCGAACACCCAGCAUCAGUUCACGAACUGCGGACGUAUGAGACUGGCCCCGCCCCUCCCCACCCCUGUCAUAGUCGUCGGCGGAAUAACACGCUGCAUUGGACUAUGUUCAGAAUCAGAAGGCCUCACAACAAAACACGAUAUAUUUUAUCUCGGAUCCAUAUGUACUUCUUCAUCAUUAACAAUAUCUUCAACAUACAUCGAAUCAUAUCUUAAGUUAUGCUAAAAUUUACAGCACCAAAAUACGUUUGCAUAUUCUAAACAUAUUGUUGCGCCAAAGUUCAGUUUAUACUGUUACGCUAGUUACCUGUCAAUGACUCCCGAGACAAAUCUUCUACCUGCUUUCUGGUAUUGGGGUUACAGUCGGAACCUUUUUAUUUAUUUCAUACGGUUCUACGAACCGGUCCAACGAGAAAUGUGUUCUAGAAAAUUCGUGAGAAGCUUUUCCGGGAGCUGGCAGUUGGCCUUAAAGGUGGGUUAACACGAUCCAAGUGUACUUCGUCCAAGUCUACUUGGACGCUGCGCGCGCAACACUUGCAAGCUACUUUAAUUCGUGUGAGCGGGUUGGCACGUUCCAAGUGUUCUUCAUCCAAGUCUAUUUGGACGCUGCGCGCAACGCUUGGAAGCUACUUUUAUCGUGUCACCUACUCGUCCAAGUAAAUUUCUAUCAACAGGUUCUAUCCAAGUUGACUAGGACGGUGGCCAACUUUCUUCCAAGUAGUGUCAAAGUGUAAAGUUACAAUGGCGUGGCACUCGGAAAAUACGGGAUAUAAGUACAAAUAGAAAAUGGGCUGAAAGGGAGAGCGUUAGAUUUAUGGAGCUGUAAGAGGCUGAGGAAGCAUUAUGGAAUAUAAAAAUAAAUGAAUAUAAAAAUAAGGAUGCUAGAAGUACGGCCCUAAAACGGAUAUAAAUGCACAUGCAAAUUCCUGGUUUCACAAAAAAGAACGUAUUAAAAAAAUUGAUGCCAUGAGAACUACGUAUCAACAGGAAGCCGAAAAAAUAAAAGCAUUAACUAUAACAGAUGCGUCAACUGAAGACAUUUAUGUGCCCAAUAUAGCGUGGUUUGAAUAUUUUUUCAUAUCGUCAGUGUGUUAAAACCCAUUUACGGCAAAGGUGCGUAAACGCAACCUUUAUUGUUAUUCUUUUUUUUUGCACGAGGAUAAUCUGUUUAAUGCUUUCUUUUUGUUGAAGUAACAUCUCAAUAGAUUCAGAUUGUGGUAUAUCGUAUUAUUUUUCUUUUUCCAUUUUAUCAUUUUUCUGUUAACAAAAAUAUUACUUAUAUUUACAUAUUUUGAUUAUUUCUAUAUCGAUAACCGGUACUUAUUAUACUCGUUAUUUUUGGUACAUACUUAAAAGGUAAAGUAGUCCACUCAAAGCAAACAAAUUUCUCUUUCUAUUACAUACAGUUGUAGUACAGUAGGUAAUAAAUCCAUAAAUAGUGCAAUAUCAAAAAAACCGUAAACCCAUACCUUUUGGAGGGCCUUUUUUUUCCAUUUUUUCAUCUCUUCACAGGCACCGACAUGCCAAUCGUUGUUUGGUUCGGUAUUACGGACAUCUGGUUAUUUCGCUAUAUAAAAUAAUUUAUUGUUUUAUUCAUAAUUCUUUUACUCUGUACACCAAAAGUAAGGAACAUUUCUAACAACGAGGAAUCGAUAUUUAUACUUUGGGUAUUGUUAUGUAUGUACAAAUAUCCGUUACAUUACAUUAAUAAUUACACUACAUGAUGAGUUAUGCACAUGUUCAUUCAAAAAAAUUUUCUCUCAUAUUUGUAUCAACUUUUUAAACUUUUGGAUUGACCAUUUGUAAUAGUUGUUCAAAUUGUUCGGUAGUUAUUCUUAAAUGGUUUUUAAAUGUAUCUUAAUCUUCAUUUACUACUUCACUCAGAAAAUUAGACGAAGCUCCAAGCGCCUCACAUAUCCAAUUACGAGUCAAAAUUUUCCUUUUUUUUCUUUUUAUUUCUCUUUUCUGGAUUUCAAGCUCAUAUUAACAUAUCAGCAGUCAGCAACCACUUAAAUACCCUCCAUAAUCACUUUCGCCAUCUUUGCAAUGGUUAUUUGAUUUGACGUCCAAGUAAUUUACACGUCCAAGGACCAAGUACACUUGGAUUCAACUUGGAUCGUGUCAACCGCCUUAAGCUCUGUAACUCGACCAAACUUCCUUCGAAAGCCGGAUGUCAACUCCCGGAAGAGCUUCUCAUGAAUUCUCCAGAACGCAGAUAUUUCGUUAGACCGGUCCGUAGAACCAUAUGGAAUAAAUAGAAAAGUUCCGACUGUAGACUCUACACCAGAAAGCAGGUAGAGGUAGACGAUUGUUGUUUAAGUGAGGGUCCGAUUCAAAGAAUUAUCUCGGGGGUCAUCGACAGGUACAGUCUAUGAAACGUAGGAAUGAGUUUGAAAAUCGCACAAUCGCCAUAACGCUACAUGGUAAUUAUAAGGUGUUCAAACCCUUUCCUACGUUUGACAAACUGUAACUAACGUAACAGUACUAAUCUGUCAACUGUGAGUAGAUAAACAAACGCAAUCGCCAUAACGCUACAUGGUAAUUAUAAGGUGUUCAAACCCUUUCCUACGUUUGAGAAACUGUAACUAACGUAACAGUACUAAUCUGUCAACUGUGAGUAGAUAAACAAACACCACACAAAACUUUGAAACUAAAAAUUUAGUAUCUACAAAGGAGUUUCUCAUUACACCUCUCAGAUGGCUUGCUUAUCUACAUUUUAAAUUAACUGAGAGCUUACAAUUUGUAGUUUUGUGCUGUAAAUAAUAGUUACAUCUCGUUAUAUCAAUUUAUCUUGGGUUUUAUUCAAUUGCUUGAUGUAUGUAUGUACUUACUUAGCCGAGAUGAAUCUAUACGUGCGAAAGUUUGUGCAGUGUAGUUUGAUGGAGAGAGUAUCGUUUUUUUGGGUAUACAUCAACUGCUCUAUUGUUCUAUGCUCUACUGCUCAUAUUUCUAUAUUAUCUAAAAAAACUAUUUUUUACGAGUAAGCUUUGUCGACGUUGAUAAAGGAGAAAACUUAAUAACGAUUAUUAAAACCCCUAAUUUUAAUAUUUAGAUCAAUACAAAGAUGGCAGAAAAAAUAAAACGAUAUUUUACUAUUGGGAUAUGUUGAGUUUUCUUCUUAGGUCGAAGACAAUCGUUAAAAGUUUAAAGCACAAACUUUUUGUGAAAAUAAUAAUUUUCCCAUAGUAAAUAGUCCUGAUUUAUUUCUGGGUGUGUGCUAUAUUUAAAGGCAAUAAGGAGAGCUUGUAUAUCAUAUUGUAUCUUUAUACAUGUAGAAAAAAAUAAUCAAUGCUGUAGACCAUUUCGAAUAUUAGAAUAUAUUUCAAAAUAUGACUGACUACAUAAACUGGAUGUUUUAUGUAUAUCUUGUUUCGAGGUAAUUUCACUGAAAAGAACUUCUUUUCUUAGCUUCUUAUCAGUAUAAUACAAUUAAUAAUUAUUCACGAGUGAUAUAUCUGACAAAUACUUAAAAUAUUAGUAAUACAAGGUAUGCAGUCACCGUUAGUAGUAUAAUGCAGAUUUUAAAUAAAUAAUAAAUAGAAAAUUUUGUUGUAGUGACUUGAAAAGACCAAAAAUCUGCAUUUAUUCUAUGUACUGACCAUAUAGAAUAUCCUGUUGACAUCCAUGUAACAUAGUUUAUAUAAAUUUUGUAGGAGAAAUUGAUACUUUUCAUCUCUGUAAAGAUCUUUUGAAUGAUAAACAAGCUUAUAUCAAUUUAUAUCAAUAGUUUUAUGAUCAGUAAGAGAUGUGACUAAUUAGAUUGCCAAAUUAUACCUAGCUAAACAAUAUUUACUUAUGAAUUGGUGUCCCAGCACUAAUUUUUUUGUAAAAAUUUAGUUAGAGAUAAGUGGCAAUAGAAACCACAGAAAAGCAGUUGACUUAGUUUAUAUUUUCCUGUUUAUCCUAACACCGCCAGGACGGAUGCUGAUGUUUUUAGAACCACCUCUUUGUGUGGAAAGAGUAUCAUCGUUGGUCUUAGUGGGAACAAAUUUCAGUAAUGUAAAAUUAUAAAAUUUAAAAAACAUCGUGUCACUGUUACUCUGUCAUGAAUAACAUUAAAAGCAGGAUAUGCAAUGAUUGUGGGUUCGAAUAAAGAUCGACUAUAUGUAUAUAUAUCAUAGUCUUUUAUCAAGACUUUGAAUUCACAUGGUCACGGCCGCUACGGAAAGGAUUUCUUCUGUACACCAGAGAAAUCCUUUCGUUUAUUUCAUAUAUAUAUAUAUAUAUAUAUAUAUAUAUAUAUAUAUAUAUAUAUAUAUAUAUAUAUAUAUGUAAAUAAUAUACGAAAUUAAUAUUCACACC